AUGUUUUUCAAGCCUCUGGACCUGACUACCGCACUCCGACCUGCACUCUUGCCCGAUGAAACCUUAUUGUUUGUCCAGGAUGCGGUGGGGUUGUACGAAGGGAAAUACAAAAUCCCCAAUUAUCAGAACGGGCAUGCAUACCUGACCUCCCAUCGUGUAUGCUAUGUCGCGGUUGAGGAGCCACGGAAGUACUCUGUCGGUAUCGAUCUGAAGGAAGUUGACAGAGCGGAGUAUCAGGCAGGCUUCCUGAAGUCGUCUCCCAAAAUCACAUUGUAUCCCAAGCCGCCAAAGAGCACCCUCAGCAAAUCAAAGAGCGCUGGUGCAAGCCCGUCUCGAGGACAGUCGCCCAGUAUUUCGGCUUCUAGGCCCCAGAUACAGCCGACCCCUCCCAAGCCUAUUAAUGCGACUUGGGUUUGUCCUAUCUGCUCCUUUUCUAACCCCGUGCCCUCAAACUUCGAUCCGUCUACAGCUACUGUGUCUACACCAAUACCACCUUGCUUGGCUUGUGGCAUUAAGCCGCCCUUAGCCACACUAUUGAAAGCUGUCAUCACUGCUACAGCUAAUCGAGAGGGCCCUGCAACUCAAACAAAUCCGACGUUGCCCGGAACUGAGGGCUCAGCCCCAGCCAAAGGGCCUGGCAUCGUGCCGUAUCCAGACAAGGCACAGGUGUCGUGUCCACGUUGCACAUUUGUGAAUCAUCCGUCACUGGCUGAGUGUGAGAUAUGCGGUGCUUCUCUGGUGGCCACAGGGGCUUUGAAAUCUACUAAGAUCGGCUCGUAUCGCGCAGAAUCGCCAGCACCCGUUUUCGCUCAUAAUAGCAUCAAGAGCACGGAGAUCACUGACUGCAUGAAAUUGUCUUUCAGGGCCGGUGGUAUACAGAUAUUCCACGAGAGGUUGAAGGGUGCUUUGAUCCAGCGAAAAUGGUUGCUCUAUGAUGCUCCACCAGUGCCUCAGCAACCGUCACAAUCGAACUCUAUGCCCUCGCCCGGCUUGACAGUAACAUCACCCGCGAUUGGGAGUGUGCCGUCUCCAUCCAGGUCUCCCGGAGUGGGCAUUGCAGGCCUGGAACAGCGAGGUCUUCAGGCUCGUAAGAACAAUGAACUUGUUAUUGGAAAUGCCUUCGAGGAUCUAGAGGCGCUCAUGGCAUCUGCCAAACAGGUCAUGGCGCUUGCUGCGUCUAUGCGAGAUUCGGGCAUGACUAGUGGCGAUGUCUCUGGAGAAGCGAACGCAGUUUUGUUAGAAUCGGCGGAAACAAUGGGGAUGGUAACAACCAAAGAUAUGCUCGGUAGUGGCGCUGGCAGCUUGUACAUCUCAGAGCUCUCGCGAAACUUGGCCGAGUAUCUGACCGAUGACCGCAAAGGCUUGCUCAAUAAAGAGGGUGGUAUUAUCAGUCUUAUUGAUCUCUGGGCGAUUUUCAAUCGAUCCCGAAACGGCGUUGAGCUUGUUAGCCCUUUAGAUUUUCAAAAAGCAGCAGAGCUCUGGGAGACACUCCGACUGCCGGUGCGCCUUCGCCAAUUCAAAAGUGGUUUGUUUGUCGUCCAGAGAUGGGACUGGAGUGAUGAGGAGACCCUACGCAAGAUACAGGGAUGGAUGGCGGAGCUUCGACAAGUACCGCCCACUGAGCCAAUUUCUUGGGACUGGCGUCAGUUUGGACGUGCUGUCACUGCCCAGGAGGCCGCACAGCGAUUUGGAUGGAGUGUUGGUGUUGCGGCAGAGGAGUUAGAGAUGGCGGAGGACAAGGGAGUACUUUGCAGGGAGGAAGGCAUCGAAGGCUUGCGGUUCUGGGCUAACUUCUUGUCUGAUGCCCCCGUUGUUGGUGAUUUGGGCUUGUCGAGGAUAGCUUUAGACGAAGUCGAUAGACCUAUCUGA